AUGCGUCUAAGCUCCACAUUUCUUGUCGCAGCAGCUGCGUUGCUCGUGCUCAGCGAUGUAGUAUCAGCUGCAACUGUGACCAAGGUAUCGGCCAUGAACGUGCCGAAUGUGGCGAAGCCGGUGGAAGUUGCUCCUGUGAAAGACGCAAGGCUCCUGCGAAGCGAAAGCCGGAAACAAACCGAUGUGGAAGACUUUGAAGACGAAGAGCGGAAGAUUCAGACAAGCUUAAUCGACGAUGCGUUUAAGGGGCUCGGAAGAACCGACGACGCUGCAAAAAAACUACUCGCAAACGAUGAUGCAAUGGCGAAGAAGCUGGCCGCUCUUAACAAACAACAAGGCGAAGCUGACAAUGCCAAGUUUCUCGCUAACUUGUGGAUGAGACAAAAUAUGAAACCGGAGGAUCUACGAUUGCUCACGAAAACCCCGGUCAACAAGAAGGCCUACCAGGAGUUCCUUGUCCAGUAUAUGAAAAAGCAUCAUUCGCUGAAACCUGGCCCCCAAGCAAACCGAAAGAUUACCAGGGAGGGCGCUCAAAUCCUGCGCAAAAUUGAGAACGCGGACGACGAUGUCAAAUUCCUCGUGAACCUCUGGAUUAAGCAAAAGAAAACCCCUGAGGACCUACGACAUAUCACCAAGAACGAGGUUUCAAAGCAAGCGUACAACUUGUUCAACGCGCAAUAUCUGACCAAGCGCCACUCGCUAAACCCCUCCGGAUAA